AGCACAUGAAUGAUGCAGAUUUUGUCAAACAAUUACGGAACACAAUAAGGGAUGUAGUUGAGAACUCAAAGUUGAAGAUGGGAAUUGAAAAUAUGGCUGACAUUGCCCAUGAACUGGGAAUCUUGGUUGAUGAAGAAUGUUCAGAGUGCCAGACUGCCAAGAAAAAUGCAGAUGCCAUCACUGCAGAAAUUCAAGACAUUGUUUCAUACAAAGAAGCUCAGCUACCCUUGCAAGGCCAAAUUUGGAAAGACCUUACAUGCUUAGAGAAGGAAGAGUGUCGGCUCCGAAAAAUUAAGUCUGGAAACAUAGAAGAUUACAAAAGUGAUCUUCAGGUACAGAAAACAAAACUUUGGGAAAAGCAGAACUCUUACGACAUGUCAAAUGCAAUGUCAUGUUUCAUCAACGCAAUAUCAAGCCCAGGGAUUGAGAGGUUUUAUUUCCUGAAAUGGAUGCGAAUGAACCUCGAUAACCUGUCUCGAGAAAAACUGUCUGGCCUCAGGGAGCAGUACAAAAAGAAAUACAAAGAAAACAAAGAGGAGAUCAAAGACAUUGACAGACAACUUUCCAACAGCUCACUAGGGACUGAACACUUCUUCCGUGAAAUGGGUCAGAUCUAUGAAGCUUCACUUUCCCUUCCAGAAACAGACCCAUCACGUCAACAGUUACAGCAUCUGCCCAAACUAUGUGCAGAAUUGUUGCUUGAUGGAUUUCCCCUUGAGCUUGUAGAUGGAGAUGCAUCCAACAUACCUCUCAGAUGGGUGAGUGACGUUCUCUCUCAGCUCAAUGACUUGGUGUGUCCUAAGAACAAGAUACUGGUAGUCACAGUUCUUGGAGUCCAGAGCACAGGAAAGUCUACUCUCCUCAACACCAUGUUUGGAGUGCAGUUUGCAGUCAGCAGUGGUCGAUGCACUCGAGGUGCUUUUAUGUUGCUCAUCAGAAUCAAUGAAGAUCUCAAAAAAGUUCUCAAUUGUGACUUCAUGGUGAUCAUUGACACUGAGGGAUUAAAGUCACCAGAGCUUGCACAACUGGACAAUAGCCACGAAUAUGACAAUGAGCUAGCAACACUUGUUGUAGGGUUGAGUGACAUCACCAUUAUCAAUAUUGCAAUGGAGAAUUCAACAGAAAUGAAGGACAUCCUACAAAUAGUCGUGCAUGCUUUUCUCAGGAUGAAAGAAGUGGGCAAAAAGCCCAAAUGUCAGUUUGUUCACCAGAAUGUGUCAGAUGUUUCAGCCCAUGAGAAGAACUUAAGAGAGAGGAAACUGCUCUUGGAACAGUUAAAUGAGAUGACCCAGGCAGCAGCCAAGAUGGAAAAGAAAGAGGAGAACAAAAGUUUCACUGAUGUGAUGGAGUACAGUCCAGACACUGGGAACUGGUACAUCCCUGGUCUCUGGAAUGGAAACCCACCAAUGGCACCAGUCAAUGCAGGGUACAGUGAGGCUGUUUAUGAGCUCAAGAAAACCAUCAUCCAAACUUUGGGAAGUUGUGAGUCAUCUGCUAAUAAUAUCUUGGAUUUUACAGAGUGGAUGAAAAGCCUGUGGAAUGCAGUAAAGCAUGAAAACUUCAUAUUCAGUUUCAGAAACAGUCUAGUGGCUGAUGCAUACAUGAGACUGUGCACAGAAUUCAACAAAUGGGAAUGGGAAUUCAAAAAAGAAAUGUACACGUGGGUGACAAAUGCUGAAACAAGAAUUUCCAACUUUGGCACAGUUGCUGUGAAAUCUGAGAUAUCUGACAUGGCAGAAUUUCUUGUUCUUUUGAAAAGUGAAGCUUGCGCAGUGCUUUCUAAAUGGGAGAUGAAGCUUCUUGAAAAACUGGAACAGUACUUCGAGCAAACAGAGGGUCAUGUCUAUCUAGUUGAAGGAUACAGAGAGGACUUUGCAAACAGUGCAAAGAGCCUUCGACGAGAAAUUGAGAGUUCUGUACUUAAUCAGCUGACAGUAGCUGCUGACAUCAGACAGGGAAUGACAGAACUUGAUAGAAUCAAAAAGAACCACACAAAACAGUUGGAAGAAAGAGUGCGUGGAUUGAUUGAGGAAUGUCGGGAAAAAAGUAAAGAUGUCAGACAAAGAGUUAGACAAAGAAUUCAAUAAGAUGUGGACUAAAAUGGUAAAGGAACUAUCUUUUUCGAAACAAAAGCGACAAAUGUCAUCACAAAUGUGUACCACUACCUGAAUGACAAUCUGUUACGUAAGGGAAGUUAUGCGCGUGAAUUA